UUUCGAUAUAAAGAAUCUCGCUUGGACAAGUUCGAGUUUCUCGUACUUACUCGACGUGAAAAGAUAAGAAAAAGAAAUGUUUCGUGAGAAACUCUCGGAGUUUUUCGCUCGUUUCGUACGUACAUAGAUAGAUACUUGUGAAGGAUCGAUCGAUUGAACGAACGAAUGAACGAUCGGUCGAUCGAUCGAUAGAUAGAUUUAGUUGACCAGUAGAUCGAUCGUCCUAAUCGCCGAGAGAAAGACGAGGCCUCGAUGCGAAGAUAAAGUUCGAUCGCACGUAUGGCACGAACCGCGAACUUCCGUGAUAAACGUUCAGAAUCGAUUUCAGAAGUUCUCUUGCUGAUCCAUUUGGAGAUUUCGAUCCAAGUUAAAAUUAAAUUGCUAACCGGAUGAUUCCCUGCCACUUACUACAUCCACGUCUUACUCUUCCAAGCGAGAUUACAGUUUUGCACGUGAGUGAGAUACAAACGACGGAACAAUGUCCCAAAAAAUCGUCCAGGUUGAUGUCGAUCCAAAUGCAGAAAAUUAUAAUAUGUAUCACAAGAGAAGGGGCAUUGCCUUGAUCUUCAACAACGUUUACUUCACCAAAAUGACAAUCAGAAAAGGUUCUGAAAAGGAUUGCAAGGAUUUAACUCAAUCUUUGCAGAAUCUAGAUUUCGAGGUCCGAAUAUACGAAGAUCCAACUCUGGAAACGAUUUUUACUAUUUUACGAAAGACCUCUGCGGAAGACCACACGGAUGCCGACUGCCUGAUCGUAACGGUCAUGUCGCACGGAGAUUCUAAUGCGUUACAUUCGGCGGACAGUGUCUAUUCCCCCGAUAUGCUCUGGACACCCUUCACUGCUGAUCAAUGCACUACUCUAGCCGGGAAACCGAAAUUAUUCUUUAUCCAGGCUUGUCGCGGUGAUCAGUUAGACAAUGGAGUUAUCGUUCAGCAAGCUGGCUAUAGAGACGUUACGGAUAGUAGAACAGUCGAUUCCUAUAGCAUCCCAACGUUCUCUGAUAUCAUGGUGGCUUACUCGACUCAGGAUGGUUUCUAUUCCUGGCGCAAUCCAGAUAACGGUUCCUGGUUCAUACAAGCCAUUUGCGAGGAAUUCAAUAUCCAUGGUCGAACUCUUGAUCUACUCACUCUGAUGACUUUCGUCAAUCGUCGAGUUGCCAUUAACUACCAAUCCUUCCUACCUGAACGAAAGAGUUUCCACAAGAAGAAGCAAAUACCGACUAUAGUCAGUAUGUUGACUCGAAUAGUGCGCUUUCCUAAAAAGAGUAUUUUACGUUCGAAACCGAUGAUAGACUCAGCUACCGAAGAAAACAAAACAUCCAAUAUCGAGAAGAAAACUUAUGGGACUAAGCCAUGCUGACAUCAUCGAGAUUACAAUCUUUGAAGUUGCAUAAAUGACAUCGUCUUUUAUUUUCUUUCCUUCCUUUUUUUUACAAUUUCUAUACGCACGAUUUAUCUAUCCAUGUAUGUAGCUUUCUUUUUUUAUAUAUACAUACAUAUACAUGUGUAUCGUGCUGGAAUCUUAGCUUUUAUAAAAGAAAAGAAAAAAAAAUAGAAAAC